AUGGGUCAAAAAAGAGCUCGCGAUUCAAAGGGUCAGUUGCCCGAGCUGAAGAAGCGGAAGAAGGCUGCGAAGGCUUCAGCAGUCGAGGGCGAUGCUUCCUGGGAUGGCGUGGUCGGCAUCGACGACUUGAAUUGGAAGGAAGUCUCUUUACCAGAUCGCCUAGAAGAUGCAACUGGAUUUCUCGGCCUGGAGGAAAUUGAUGGCGUGGACAUUAUCCGAGCUUCAGGAGGCGGAGAAGUCCAAUUCAAGGCCAAGGAAGGCGCCGGAAGGAAAUCAAUCUUGAAAAAAACGCAAUUCAAGGACGACGGCGAGGAAUGGGGUGGCAUCAGCGACACCGAAUCAAAGGAGCCAGUGGCCAAUGCUGCAGACGCCGAUGCGAAAACCAAACAAUCGCAGAAGAAGAAAAACAAGGAGCUAAAGGCCAAGGAUACGAAGGGCAAGGAGGCAAAGCCUACGCAAGCUACUACAACAAAAAAUACGAAAAUUAAGUCAGGGUUGUCCUUCGCAGCACUGGAAGAGGCGGAGGAUGAUGACGGCGUUGACGUUUCAGCGUGGGACAAGCUGGGCUUGUCCCCGGAAACCCUCACAAGUCUUUCAAAACUCAAAUUCACUUCUCCGACAACCGUGCAGAGCUCCUGUAUUCCGGCCAUCUUGGACGGUCAUGAUGUGGUCGGUAAGGCCUCAACAGGUUCCGGUAAAACCCUUGCUUUCGGUAUCCCGAUUUUCGAGCACUACCUCGAGACGCGAGGCCAAUUUGGGGAUGAGCAGAAAAGGACCGAGACCAAACCAAUGGCUCUGAUUCUCUCCCCUACACGAGAGUUGGCACAUCAGCUGGCAAAGCACAUUGGUGAUCUCAUCACGAACGCCCCGGACGCCGACGCACGUAUCGCCCUCUUGACCGGUGGUCUGUCCAUCCAUAAACAGCAAAGGCAACUCUCGACCGCCGACAUUGUUAUCGGGACCCCUGGACGAGUAUGGGAAAUCCUGAGCACGGGUUCAGGAUUGAUCCGCAAGAUGCAGGACAUCAAGUUCCUAGUGGUCGACGAAGCCGAUCGUUUGCUCAGCGAGGGACAUUUCAAAGAAGUUGAAGAAAUAUUGGGUGCUCUAGAUCGGGUGGAGCAGGGUGACUUCCCGGAUAUGGACGAGGAGGCGAAGACUGAGGAUGAAGAGCCAACUGCUCGUCAGACUCUUGUCUUUUCUGCCACUUUCCACCGUGAUCUACAACAGAAGCUGGCCGGCAAGAGCCGUUGGACUGGCGGUGACCUCAUGGAUAAAAAGGAGUCCAUGGAGUAUCUGCUCAAGAAACUGAACUUCCGAGAAGAAAAGCCCAAAUUCAUUGACGUUAACCCGGUGCAGCAAAUGGCCUCGGGUCUCAAGGAGGGAAUUGUUGAGUGUCCUGCUAUGGAGAAGGAUCUAUAUCUCUACGCCCUUCUUCUGUACUAUCCCAAACAUCGCACUCUCGUCUUCACGAACUCCAUCUCCGCAGUCCGCCGCCUCACGCAAUUACUGCAAAAUCUUCAGCUUCCAGCCCUCGCUCUUCACUCAUCGAUGGCACAAAAAGCUCGUCUGCGCUCCGUUGAACGCUUCUCUUCGCCUACCUCGAACCCUAGCUCCAUCCUCGUGGCUACGGAUGUCGCAGCUCGCGGUUUGGACAUCAAGGGUAUCGACUGUGUUAUUCAUUACCACGCGCCUCGUACCGCUGACACAUAUGUCCAUCGAUCGGGACGUACUGCUCGUGCGGGCGCUGUCGGUAAGAGUGUGAUCAUCUGCGCCCCUGAAGAGGUCGUCAGCGUCGCACGUCUUGCCGCCAAAGUUCACACACAAGAUGCCAAGAAGGGCCCUGUGAAAAAGCUCCCACUAGAGUCCCUUGACAUCGAUCGACGCGUGGUCUCCCGUGUCCGUGAUCGCAUUGAACUUGCUCGGAAGAUCACCGACUCGACAAUUGCGAAAGAAAAGAUAUCCUCCGAGGAUAAUUGGCUCCGCGCAGCAGCCGAGGAUCUCGGUGUCGAAUACGACAGUGAAGAAUUUGAUGAAUCCAAGGGCAAGGGCCGUGGACGUGGUGGUGGACGUCAUCAAAAAGAAAAGGAGGCGGGCAGCAUCACCAAGGCGGAAUUGGGGGCACUCCGCGCAGAAUUGAAACAUCAACUUUCGCAGCGGGUGAACAUCGGGGUCAGCGAGCGCUAUUUGACAGCCGGCCGCAUUGAUAUCGAAGCACUUUUGCGUGGUGAGGGAAAUGAUUCGUUCCUCGGCCAUUUGGAUCCUUUGGACUUUUAG